AUGGACUUCAACUCGGAUGUCGUGAUCAACGGUGUAAUUGUAGGCCUGUUGCUUCUGGCUCUACACCAGAUCUACAUCCGCCUUCUGCUACCUCGGCCAAUCCGCGAUAUCCCGCACAAUGCAGCGUCUGCCCGGAGGCUACUUGGGGAUCUUCCUGAGCUUCAGAAGGUAAUAACGCGUACGCAGGACAUCCAGUCCUGGCUUCUGCAGCAGACGCGGCAUCUGCAAUCUCCUCUGAUACAGCUGUUUCUGGACCCGCUGGGCAAGCCCAUUGUGGUCCUCAGUGAUCCACGAGAGGCCCUCGACCUACUGCUCUACCGCAGUCGGGACUUUGACCGUACACCCAUGGUGCAGGACAUCUUCUCCGGUCUGUCUCCGACCCACCAUAUCACCAUGAGUACUGGCUCCGAGUGGAAAAGACACCGCAAUCUGGUGAAGCAUCUGGUGACCACGCCCUUCCUUCAGGACACCGCUGCGCCUGCGAUUCACGUGUCUAUCCUGCGGCUGGUCGGGCUGUGGAGGAUCAAGGCGCGGGUGGCCCAGGAGUCUUCGGCAUGCUUUGCGCCCCAACAGGAUUUUCAGCGCAUGGUCCUUGAUACGCUGUUGGAGAUAUCAUUCGGACGCGACUUUCCGAAGGACGGAAUCUCAUCGCAAAUCGAGCUUCUCCGGAGCGGCAACCCCGGUGGCAGGCCGACAGUGAACAGUGGGCGGCAGGUCAUCACAUUCCCCGAGUCAAGUCCCCACGAAUUCAUCCGUGCGCACGGGGUGCUCAGUGAAGCCAUUGAGAAGAGUGGGACAUCACUGUUCCCACGACUGUCAUGGUGGAUGAUGUCCAUGCGACCCCGACUGGCCAACGCCCUCCGGGUCAAAAGCCGGGUCACGCGGGAAUGGCUCGAGACUGCAGUCUCCACAACUGUCAAUGCACACGACGGCUCGGCCGCGGAUCUGCCCGAUCAGCCGCAGUCAUCGGUGGAAUUCAUGAUUCGGCAUGAGAGGGAGCUGGCAAAGCAGGAAGCCCGGAAGCCGGAUUACCUGUCCCCAGCGAUGGAAGAUGAGCUCUACGGAUCCAUCUUCGGCGCCUCCCAUAGCACCGUGUUUACCUUAGCCUGGGGCGUCAAGCUCCUAUCGGGUCACCCUGAGGUGCAGAGCCAGCUCCGCGAAUGCCUACGCGCGGGGUUCCCCGAAGCGCUCCAGGAAGGACGCCCGCCCAGCGCCCUCGAACUAUCCACCCGAACCAUCCCCUACCUCCACGCCACCGUCGAGGAGAUGCUGCGGUUUGCUCCGACCGCGUUCAUGAUCGACCGCAUUGCUAUCCGGGACACCGAGCUCCUGGGCUACGCCAUCCCCAAGGGCACCUGCGUCUGGGCCCUCAGCAGCGGGCCGGGGUUCACCUCCCCGGCGUGGCCGAUAGCCGACGACAAGCGUAGUAGCGCUUUGUCCCGGGCGGCGAUGACAACCCCUGCCACUAAACAGAACCACACGCGGCAAUCUCCCGAUAACGAGUGGGUGGGCGAUGAUCUGGACCGAUUCGUCCCGGAGCGAUGGCUGGUCGCUCCCGCCGGUGACGACGGCCCAACGACCUUCGAUCCGAACGCGGGCCCCACCCUGGCCUUCGGGGCCGGACUGCGCGGCUGCUUUGGGCGUCCGUUGGCCCAGCUGCAGCUGCGCAUGACGCUCGCGCUGCUGGUGUGGCAUUUCGAGCUCCGGCCGUGUCCCGAGACCCUGGCGACGUACGCGGCGGUUGACGGGCUCUUUCGCCAGCCAAAGCACUGCUAUGUUGCUUUGGGGGAGCUUGGGCGGUAG